CGUAGUGCAGUUAAAUGAAUAGUUAUUUUCAUCUCACUCCUCGGGGCGCGCAGUGGUUCUGGAAAGAUUUCCUAGGAAUAUUGCAUUCUAAUGAGGAAUAUGUCGUCGUGUUAACGGGUUAUCUAGAUCUAUAUCCAGAACCAUUUCAAUAUUUAUCAGUUUAUCUGUCAGUUGACUUUUAACAUUGACUUAUUUUAUUAAUGCCGGGAAACUAGGAAAAAGCUAGAGGUACAAUAGCUUACACAGGACAGCGGUCGGCACACGGCUUGUUCUUCUGUUUUCUCCGGAGAAGGAUAGAACCAAACAAAAGGCGGUCCAAGAUAAAGAGAUAACUGUCUCAGAAUGAAUAACAAUACUGAGAAAGAGAACGAAUCGAAUGAAUUCACCAGUCAUGAAGAGGAGGUCCGCACGUUAUUUGUCAGUGGACUACCUCUGGAUAUAAAGCCGCGGGAGCUGUAUCUCCUGUUCAGACCAUUUAAGGGUUAUGAGGGAUCAUUGAUAAAACUCACCUCAAAACAGCCAGUGGGGUUUGUCAGCUUUGACAGCCGAUCAGAGGCAGAAGCUGCCAAGAAUGCCUUGAAUGGUGUCCGCUUCGACCCGGAGAUCCCCCAGACUCUGCGGCUGGAGUUUGCCAAAGCCAACACCAAGAUGGCCAAGAACAAGCUGGUGGGCACUCCCAACCCUCCUCCCUCCCAGCAGAGCCCUGGCCCACAGUUUAUCAACAGAGACCCAUAUGAGCUCACAGUACCCGCUCUGUACCCUGGCGGCCCAGACAUGUGGGCGUCAUACCCGCUGUACCCGGCGGAACUGUCGCAAGCCCUCCCUCCUGCUUUCACCUACCCCUCCUCACUUCACACUCAGAUUCGCUGGCUCCCUCCUGCAGAUGGAACUCCCCAGGGAUGGAAGUCCAGGCAGUUCUGUUGAGGUUCAUGAUGUGUGAUGGUGGCCACGGUCGGCCUUGAUGGUGUUGCUGGCGGUUCUCAUGUCCAAACCAGGAGGAUUCCUGACCUUGUUUACCGCACAGUGGACCGUUGGCAACAACAACCUCACGGGCCUCAGGACAUUCCAGACCCAAGCCGCCAUCACACAUCGCCCCCCCCCCCCCCCCCCCCCCCCUGCUACAACCCCCCUUUUUAUACUGUUACAUACUCAAGAAUUACUGAUGACACUUUGGUUCCAGUCCAAUACAUAAGACCUUAUGAUGCCUUAUGAGAAUGACAUAGUCUAACAUACAGACUAUGUUCCAAUAUCCCUGCUAGCACAUACACUACGGUUCAAACGUUUGGGGUCACUUAGAAAUGUCCUUGUUUUUUAAAGAAUAACACUUUUUUUUUGUCCAUUUUAAAAUAACAUCAAAUUGAUCAGAAAUACAGUGUAGAUAUUGUUAAUGUUGUAAAUGACUAUUGCAGCUGGAAACGGCUGAUUCCAGCUAACACACCGUGGAUUAGCUAACACAACGUGGAUUAGCUAACACAACGUGGAUUAGCUAACACACCGUGGAUUAGCUAACACAACGUGGAUUAGCUAACACACCGUGGAUUAGCUAACACAACGUGGAUUAGCUAACACACCGUGGAUUAGCUAACACAACGUGGAUUAGCUAACACAACGUAGAUUAGCUAACACACCGUGGAUUAGCUAACACACCGUGGAUUAGCUAACACAACGUGGAUUAGCUAACACAACGUGGAUUAGCUAACACAAUGUGGAUUAGCUAACACACCGUGGAUUAGCUAACACACUGUGGAUUAGCUAACACAACGUGGAUUAGCUAACACAACGUGGAUUAGCUAACACAACGUGGAUUAGCUAACACACCGUGGAUUAGCUAACACAAAGUGGAUUAGCUAACACAAUGUGGAUUAGCUAACACAAUGUGGAUUAGCUAACACAAAGUGGAUUAGCUAACACAACGUGGAUUAGCUAACACAACGUGGAUUAGCUAACACAACGUGGAUUAGCUAACACAACGUGGAUUAGCUAACACACCGUGGAUUAGCUAACACACCGUGGAUUAGCUAACACAAAGUGGAUUAGCUAACACAAUGUGGAUUAGCUAACCCAACGUGCCAUUGGAACACAGGAGUGAUGAUUGCUGAUAAUGGGCCUCUGUACUCCUAUGUAGAUAUUCCAUUAAAAAUCAGACGUUGCUAAGUGACCCCAAACUUGUCAACUGUAAUAUAUGUAUGCUAGUGUUCUCAUUGGAACAUAACCACACAAAAAAAACCUUCAUUGACAUUCAUCAAACCUUUUUUUAAAUUGAUAUGAGCCCAUACACGUGUGUAUUACUUUAAAAUACAUUCAAGAGUGCAAAAAUUUGGCCAUAUCAGUUGGGAUGAAGUGUUUCUGAAUUUAUACCUGUGAGUGCAAGGCCUAUGCAGGCAUUUCCUAUGCAGGCAUGUCUUAUGUAAAAGAGGAUGACCAAAAUGUUACCAGAUUAUAUUAUUAUUGAUUAUUACCUUUCUGUACUACCUUUCCUUAUUAUUAUUAUUAUUAUUAUAUUAAUUAUUAUUGAUUAUUACUACAUGUUGAAGAUUGCCCCCCCACCACCACCCCCCCCCAAAAAAAAAAAUGGAAAUGCUGUAAAUCUUUAGAUAUUUUAAAGAUAAACCAAAACGUAUUUUUGUAAUCAAUCCAAAUGUUUGUAAAUGUUCUUAUUUGUUUUCUGUGUAAUCAAGUGUGUGAGUAAUAACGUUUGAGAUCCUCGGUCUUUCUUACUCCUCGUGUGAGUGCCAGUCCACCGUGUAAUGGUCGAUUGCUCUGCCACACUAAAGCAGUCGCAUCAGCUCGCAGGCGUACGCUUUUCUUCGUAUAGUAACGAUUCUGAUUGGUCGUGUAGCUUUGUGUUAAUCCUUAAGCUUUUUUAUAAGUGGAGACACUAAUAUAAUGCCAAACUUGUUAGUUCCUACUUGUCAUCAUACAAAAUGUACAUAGUAUUGUACUGCAACAAUUGUCUGCUCAACUGCAACCCCUGAGAGAAUUGGGCUAUGGAGUUGAGCACACCUGUUCUACACCAAAUAGCAGCCAAUUGUUCACGGUAAAUCACGGUAAAUUGAUACCAGGCUAUAAUUAAGCAAUAAGACCUGAGGGGGUGUGGUAUAUGGCCAUUAUGCGGAGUGCCUGGAUAUAGCCAUUAGCCGUGGUAUAUCUUUGCAAUAUACCACAAACCCCCAAGUUGCUUUAUUGCGAUUAAACUGGCUAGAAACAUGUAAACAUACAUGUUUUUUCAUACCUGUGGUAUACGGUCUGGCUUUCAGCCAGUUAGCUUUCAGCGCUCGAACCACCCAGUUUAUCAUCCAAGAUAAGCAAUUUCGGGAACCAUGCCAACAUUAAAAUCUACAAGAGUACAGUAUCUAGUCACACUUAAGACAAAUGUUUGUCUUAAGUACGCAAUGCAGGAACGGAAAUUGUCCGUCCUGCGUACUUGCGUUGCGUUUGUAAUUGCGGGACAACACUAGCUACGAUCAACAUUUUAGCAUAGCUAUUUGUAGUUCUUGUAUUGCCUCGGGUAUGUCUUGGGCUUUAUGGGAGACUUCCCAGGUCCAGAUUAAAACUACUCCUGGAUUGAAAAUAGGCUUCUAUUGUGACUCUCUAUUGAAAAAAACGGUUUCAUCCUGUAGUAAGAUUGUUCCAGUAAAUGAAACGUAAACCAGGACAAUACAGACAACACUGACCAAAGGCGUGUUUUUGUAACGUAGAGAACUAGGAUAGUGGAAUUAUUCCAUCUCAACAGCUAUGUAAUGCUCAUAUCCUCUGAUUUAUUUUCAAGAAGUGUGCAAAAAAAUGUUUUUCCUGCAUGCCUCUCGUUGUCACUCAAAAUAGAAUCCUAGCAUCCUGAAAAGGAAAAGCUUUUCAAAUGUUUCUGUGUCUUAUUAAGUGAAGAUUCAACCUGUGGUUUUGUCAAGUUUGAGUAUUUUUUUACUUAAAACAGGGAUGGGCAACUGGCGGCCGGCCCCCCUUUUGAAGGCCCUUGGAUCGUCCCUCCCCCCUCUAGACUUGCCAUCAUGAUCGAAUUACUGCCAGGGGGGGGGGGGGGGGGGGUAUUUCUUUUGUUAGUCAGUCUCACUCAGAUAUCAUGUUAAAAACUGCAAACAUUUCUCUCCUCCCUAUUGCAAAAUAUGUAGAAUUGCAGGAAGUGAGCUAAUUUUUCUCUCGGGCCCAUGGCAAAAAAAAUUGUGAGGCCCCCACCCUUACCAAAGUUGUCCGUCCAUGACCUAGGUGGAUGAUUGGAAUAAAACAGGAAAAUACGGUUUCCUGUUUCACCGUUGUUUGCCGAGUUCUUGGUUAAAGACUGCAAUGUAGUUGGCUAUACGAAGCUCUGUUCAUUCUGUGAAGCUUUAGGGGUUAAAGCCUUCGUUCUGGUUGUUCUUGUACUGUAAUCUCAAAACUAAAAAUAUGCAGUCUUGUAUUUUCAUGUUAUGUCCAAUAAAUUAGUCAAGGAUCUCACACUGAACCAAGAGUGUAAUAAUAAUUUAAAAAAAAUUCUAAAAUGGAAGUUGGCGGGAAAAUCUAUAAGGCAUUCACAAAUGAAACGCCCAUGUGAGCAUCGUAAAUGCAUCCCAUGAAGUAAUAUCCCAUUUAACAAUGACCCAAUUAACCUUCCAGUUCAUAAGAGUCACUGUGAGUGCCUAAAAUGGAUUGGCUGAUUGAUUGAACUUUAUUAGUCCUGUUAAAAUCAUGAGUGUGUAAGUGUUUUAGUGGAUGUGAUGUGAUAUAGUCAAUCCCAUGGAAUAAUAAUCUCAAAACAGAAAAUCCUUUUACCAGUUUACAACGUGAAUUGACGAUAACGCUACUUGGAACCAGUUUGCCAGGAUGUAUCUGGCAAAUGUUUUAGAACCAUAUUUUCUCCUUGAUUUAAUGAUUGUACUACGUUAUCACACAUAUCGUUAUACCCAGAUAGAUCCUGGGAAAUGGCUGUAAUAGCGUUAUUGUGAAGUCAAUUCACAUUGUAAACUGGGUAAAAGGAUUUUUUUUUACCAAUAUUUUGUUAGUGACCUAAAAAAAAAAGACCUAUCUUUUACUGGCUGUUUUCUGGUUAUCUGACCAGAUAACAACAAACAAAUAUGAUGUCUUGAUGAUAUCAUGUCUCUACUUGGUUGUAAUCUGGUUAUGUGACGUCUACAACCAGGAAAACAGUUUAAAACCAGAAAAAUGUCUUCACUAUAACGUUGCGUGCCGCAUUUUACCCAUUGGGAUGAUCAACUGUAAAUCAGAGUGAGAAUAUAUGAAAGGAAAGUACAUAUUUUCACCCAAUGUCACCUUUCAAGACGCAGCUGUUAUGUGAGUUGAAAUAAUCAUUCAGUAGAAUGGAACUCCUUUGUUCGAUGUCCUAAAGCUACUAUAGGACUAAAUGGGUGUUAUGUGCAUGUUUGUGUAUAUUUUUUUUUGGGGGGGGGGGGGGUUGUUCAAUGCAUACUGUUGAUAUUCAUGUUUUGCCAAUGUGAGGAGAAUACAUAUUUCAGUGAAUUGCAGGGGUUGUUUGAAAUUUUUAUUGUUAAAACCAAAAAAAAGAUAAGAAAAGUUAUGAAAAUGAAGAUGUAAAUGAAGAUGUUCGGGGCAUCAGCCAUUAAAGAUUGAUGUUGCCAUUG